AUGCCUGUAACGAAGGGAAAAUGGCAGUAUUUGAAGACUUUUGGCAGUGUACCAUUCCCCAGAAGAAACCAUGGAAUCGUUGUUGUUGCACAAAAAGCCUAUACAUUUGGUGGUGAAUACCAGAAUGACAUUCCAAUUGAUAAUGUCAUUCACUGUUUGAAUCUACAGACAGGGGAAUGGACCCGCCUUGAUGGAAAAGGGGAUCCACCGAUUGCCAGAAGUGGUCUUGCAAUGACCACUAUUGAUCACAACAUUUAUAUGUUUGGAGGUCAAACAGGAAAGGGUUCUAAAGAUGAUGGUCUUUUGGAUGUCUACUGCUUCAAUACGUUAGAUAAGCGAUGGUCAGUUGUCAGUGUGGAAGGUGUGCCACCAGAACCACGAAUACACCAUUCCAUGGUCAAUGUAAAUGGUCAACUCUAUCUAGAAAUUUACUUCUUUUCUCAACUCAUUCUCCUUUCAAUUGUUCUUUUCUUUUAG